AUGAACGAAGAGCUCGCCAUCUUCAUCGCCUCCCCUGACCCCGCCAACACCCAAUUCUUCCUCUCGAGGAAGAGACUCACUCGUCACUCUCGCAUCAGGCCUGCCUCGAUCUUCCACCCGGAAGACCCCUCCCUCACACCGGAAGAACACUUCCCCUUGCAAACCGUCCGCGCCCCCGACCACCGAGUCCACCCUCGCUUCGUCAACAGGUUUAACAGCAGGGAAUUUUUACUUGUUAUCGACGCGUCAUGUAUCAAUAACGGCCGCCACGCGGAUAAAUCCUCCCCUCCCAUUGGCAGCUCCUCCUUCAAGCCCAAGAACUCACCUGGCACCCCAAAUGCGGCUGUGAUGCUCCCUUUGUCAGAGGAGUACAAUGGGCCCAUUACCGGGACAAUUGCCUUCCGUCUUGAGGAGGAACCCCAGGGUGAUGUAAUGGAUCACAGUUCCAAUCGGGCUAAACUCCGCGCUGUGAUUGCGGCGUUGCAGUUUAGGAGUUGGCAUGGGGAGGGGUGGAGGAGGGUGGUGGUGUUGACGGAUUUGGAGUAUAUCGUCAAGGGGGCUACGGAGUGGUUGCCUAGGUGGGUGGGUAGGCAGUGGAGGAAGUCGAAGGUUGGGAGGUCGGGCAGGAAGUAUGCCAAUCGGAACUUGUGGGAGGAGUUGCAGCAUAGGAUUGAGGAGCUGGGGGGUGAAGGGUGUGAGGUUUCGUUUUGGCUGGUGAGGGAUGGGGAGUUGAUAAGGCAGACGAAGGCGGCGGCGAGGCUGGCGGCGUGGGAGGGGAAGAAAGAGGGGUUGCCGGUGGAGAGGUAUACGAGGUUGUUUGGGAUUAUGAUAUGA